AUGCAACCUGGUGAUCCCAUUGCCCACAACUGCAAGACUUUAAUUGAGCCCAGUCGACUCAUUAUACUCGCUGCUCAGCAAUUUAUUCAGACAUUCCUGGGAAAGGAUUUUGUAGCUCUUCAUUUCCGACGCCAUGGUUUCUUAAAGUUCUGCAAUUCCAAGAAACCAAAUGCUGGAGAAAGUGAAAUUAGUUUGUUGCAGUCAAGUAUGGUCAGGAAUGGUAAGACUGUACCAUUGAUUCAGAGGUCUGCUUGUAACUCAGCUGAAAAAUGGGAUGUUUUAUUGUACGGACACGGGCUUGAAGGGGAUGCUCAGAUGGGUUAUCGAACAAGAAACUCGGAUUGUUCUGGAUGA